AUGUCUUCAUCGGAUGUUCGCUCUGGUCUCAACGACCUUCCAGACGAUUUCAUCACUAUCUCUUACGAAUUUACUGAAGAGGGUGAACUGCGAACCGACGUUUCCGCCUGGGUCAAGAGCAAUACUCAACAGGCUCCCUCCAAUGAUAGAAGUACCGUCGAACCGACAUUCAAACUUGCCCGAAGCAAAAGGGUGAAUUAUCUAGAUCAAUCGAUCCAAAAUGGGUUUGCGCAGUUGGCUUCGGACUCAACGAAAUCAUGGGAAGAUGUUGAUUCUGCCAUUCCCGGGAAAUUGGAGGAGAUCGUAAAAAGUGUCGAUACACGACAAGGUAAAGUGACGGGUAUCAGACUUACCUGCCCCUCUGAAUUUCAACAAUUCAAAGGUAGAGGUGGAUAUAUUGAUAUCUCAAGAAGUCUAGUGCUCCGAUAG